AUGCUGGUCCAAUUGAAAGCUUCGACUGCCCGAUCGGCCCUCUCGGCCAUCACCCGCAUGGCGAGAGUCAACGCCGUCAGAGGAUUCAUCGCCCCUACCGUGUCGCGACGAGCCGACUUCGUACAGGAACUCUACCUUAAGGAGCUCAAGGCCUACAAGCCGACCCCGAUCAAGGACUCGGACAGCGUCGGCCAGGUCCAGACCUUCAGCGCACCCAAGGCCCCCAAGUCGCCCGAAGAGACCGACCUCGCCAACAGCCUGAAGGAGUACGAGAGCAUGGCCGUCGAGGUCGAGGGCAACGAGGGCGCCACCCCAGGCUCGACACCCGCUGAAGUCUUGGAUUGGCUGGUCGAGGAGGAAGAGGAGGAGACCGCGGCUCACUAA